GGUUGCUUGUGUUCUCAUCUUCCCCUAGGAGCAGUCACCUGAGACACUCAGCGUAGGCUGGAAUGGACAACUAGUGCUGCUGCCUCUUUGCAGUUUGUGAGCCAUUUGGGGACUCAGGGACAGACACCACUUGCCAGGAAGGAAAGUGCCCAACCACAGGGGAAGAGCUAAGGUCAUAAUGCUGGCUCUGGACCUGUGGGUGCUGUGUGCUCUUGUCCUUGUGUAUAGCCAGCCAACCCAAGGAAGGGCAAGUGAACCCUGUUAGGGCUGGUAGAGGGGCAGAGCCCUAGGGCUUCUGUAAAGGUCCCAAAUUUCAAGCUCUAGAGGUUGUAGUGGGGUGCAGCAUUCCUGAGGGAGAUGUCCCUCCCCUCCUGCCCAAGAUGAGAUAUUCUGAGUGUCUGGGUUCUGCUCUCCUCCCCUCUUCCCCUGGGCUCUCGGCCCAGGCUGCCUGGCUCCGCCCAAGAGAGCAAUCCCAGCAGGGAGGGCAGUGGUUGUUGCCAGCUACCCCACCCGGUGGUCAGCCACAGCUCUGCCUUGUGCAUCUCCAGGUCCCACCUGCCCGCUCCCAUGACCAACAUGAGCUGGAGCUUCCUGACGCGGCUGCUGGAGGAGAUCCACAAUCAUUCCACCUUCGUGGGCAAAGUUUGGCUCACUGUACUGGUGGUCUUCCGCAUUGUGCUAACGGCUGUCGGUGGUGAGUCCAUCUAUUCAGAUGAGCAAUCCAAGUUCACCUGCAACACGCGCCAACCGGGUUGUGACAACGUCUGCUACGACGCCUUUGCGCCCCUGUCUCAUGUGCGCUUCUGGGUCUUCCAGAUAGUGGUCAUCUCUACACCUUCUGUCAUGUACCUGGGCUAUGCUGUCCAUCGCCUGGCGCGCGCCUCGGAGCAGGAGCGCAGGCGGGCCCUCCGACGUCGCCCUGGCCCCCGGCGCUUGCCCAGGGCGCAGCUGCCACCGCCACCACCUGGCUGGCCGGACACCACCGAUCUGGGCGAGGCGGAGCCCAUACUGGCGCUGGAGGAGGAUGAGGACGAGGAACCAGGGGCGCCCGAGGGCCCCGGGGAAGACACGGAGGAGGAGCGAACGGAAGAUGUGGCUGCCAAGGGGGGCGGAGGUGAUGGAAAGACGGUGGUCACUCCUGGCCCGGCCGGGCAGCAUGACGGGCGGCGGCGCAUCCAGAGGGAGGGCCUGAUGCGCGUGUACGUAGCUCAGCUGGUGGUUAGGGCGGCCUUCGAGGUGGCCUUUCUGGUGGGCCAGUACCUACUGUAUGGCUUCGAGGUGCCGCCCUUCUUUGCCUGCAGCCGCCAGCCUUGCCCACACGUAGUGGACUGCUUCGUGUCGCGGCCAACCGAGAAGACUGUCUUCUUGCUGGUUAUGUAUGUGGUUAGCUGCCUAUGCCUGUUGCUCAACCUUUGUGAAAUGGCACACCUGGGUCUCGGCAGUGCGCAGGACGCUGUGCGCGGCCGUCGGGGAGCCUCAGCGGCUGGUCCUGGUCCCGCGCCGCGCCCACCGCCCUGCGCUUUCCCGGCUGCGGCCGCGGGCCUGGCUUGCCCUCCGGACUACAGCCUGGUAGUGCGUGCAGCUGAGCGCGCGCGAGCGCACGAUCAGAACCUGGCGAACCUGGCACUGCAGGCGCUGCGUGAUGGGGCGGCGGUGGCGGCGGUUUCCGCGGAUCGCGACAGUCCGCCGUGUUCAGGGCUCAAUGCAACCUCUCGGGGACCACCCAGGGCGGGCGGCCCAGCUUCCGGAACCGGUAGCGCCACGUCGGGGGGUACCGUUGGAGAGCAGGGCAGGUCGGGAGCUCAGGAACAGCUCGCCACUAAGCCCAGGGUUGGCUCUGAGAAGGGCAGUACAGGCAGCAGAGACGGCAAGGCCACCGUGUGGAUCUGAGGGCACUGCGGAGAGAUCAGGGAGGGCCUGGCAUGAGGAUUCAGUUGAAAUCUUUCUGCCCUCAACCAGUGAUCUCUGGCAAACCCUGUUAGGGAUCUUUAAAGGAGGAGCUGAAGCCCCUUAGGAGGUGCUGGCUCGGGUACCUCUCUGCAGGAUAGGAAGGGGAAUGCCAGGGCCUUAUAUGUGGCCUCUGAGGUGGGGAGUGGGCAGAACUGUGUCCCAGGAAUUGCCCCUCCAGGCUAUACUACACAGGAAUGACCUCUCUGCUGGGCCUGCCAGCCCUUCCUUCUGGGCUCUUAUGCAGUUUCCCCAUAGGAUUGGAGGUGUCUGGCAUGAAUCCUCACAGAGAGAGCCAGAGAAAAGUCCGGUGCAGGCAGACAGCGUUAGUUACUCCCAGCCCUUGGCUCCCUACUUGAGGCAGCAGACUGAGUGAGACCUGAAGGAGGCCUUUAGAGAAAAGUCCUUUCAUUGAGCUGAGAUCGCUUGGCAUGACUCCUUAGAAGUUCUGUUGCCCCUUGCUGCCUAGUUGCCUCAGGCUGUGGUCCAGGGCUGUGGCUUUGGCCAUGCUGAAAAAUUAGAGCUCUGGGGAGCCUGUCCCCAUCCCCUGUGACCUUCCCCUGUUUUAAAGCCAACUUCCAGAACAAAGGAAGUAAAAUAAAACUAACCUUUUGUUUACA